CCCCUUCUCCAUUUAUCUGUUUCUUGUGUUCUUUCUUCUUUUCUCUCACAAUUUUUUGUUUUUUUUUUCCAUAUAUAUUAUAUAUAUAUAUAUAUAUUUGUAUUUGUGUAUCAGACACUGUUCUGAGACAUUAUUAAUUCAGUUUGGAGCUUUGGAUCCAAAACCCAUCAACCAUUUUUCUUUAACGAGGGUGGGUCGCCUACGUUUGGAGCUGUGUUGGGGUAUUUAAUUGAAAUGCAAAGAUUGCUCCUUUGGUAGCCCAAUUGGGAAGACUCGUUACUCGAUUGCUUGCUUGCUUGCAUUGCUUAGUUUGAUCCUGCUGUGGGUGGAAGGAAGUAGACAUGAUAUAUCUCAAGAUUCUAGGGUUUUAAUGGUGGAUUCAUGUGAGUCAUUGUGUGCCGUAUCAGUCGAAGAUUUUGUGGGUGUGCAGCGGAAUCAGGUAUUUUAGCCUUUGUGGUUGUUCGAAUCCAAUUUUAGGAAUUGUGUUAUGACGUUGGAUUGGAAAAGUUUUAAACUUUUUCUCUAAUUUGGUCUCGCUUUUAUUUGUGCUUAAUUUGGGUGUUAAUGGAGAAAUGCUGGAGAAUCAUGGGCUUUAAUUUCUUGGAGUUGAUGAGAUUUUGUAAAGAUUCUUUUGUAUUAAGUCCAUAAUCUUGAGAUAGUGAGUUCAGCUUCUUUUACAAGGAUUCCAAAAGAGAAAGAAAGACAGCUUCAACGGUUGAAACCUUCAAAGCCGCUUUUAUAUAAUCUUGAGAGAACAUUUUUAUUUAUUAUACAGUACCGUUGUCACGCUCGACGUGACACCAACUCUUAGCUUUCUCAAGCCAAUGUGAUAUUGAAGCUUCUUUCAGAGCAUUUACUGCAUUUUUCUCCACGCAUUACCCUUUUUUUUGUUUUGGAUCUCAGGUGUUAAGUGGGUUGUGUUGGAUAUUGUUUGUUGUUCGCUUUCAGUCAGGUUUCUUCUAUUUGGGGUUUUACAAGGUUAAUUUUUUUUUAUUUUUUUUUGGCAAGUUGGAGGGUUGAAAGCAUCGAUGGGGCUUCUUCGAAGUCUCGCGAUGCUUGUUUUGAUGAUAUGGUUCUUCUUCUUGUUGGAUGUAAUGGCUCAGUCUAGUACAGGCCGUUCUGCUCGUGCUCUUGAUGCCCUUCUCCAAGACUAUGCUUAUAGGGCUUUUGUUCGUCCAAAAACUGGUGUUACCUAUGAUGGGUUUGUUCCCUCUAAUUUGACUGGGAUUCAGAUUGCAGCAAUGAGGCUCAGAAGUGGGAGCUUGAGAAAUAGAGGUGUGCAGACGUACAAAGAAUUUCAUAUCCCCAUGGGGGUUAUUGAGCAACCUUAUGUGGAGAGGCUUGUUUUGGUGUACCAAAACUUGGGCAAUUGGUCUAAUACAUAUUAUCCAUUACCGGGUUAUACUUAUUUGGCUCCAGUACUGGGUCUUCUUGCUUAUGAUGCUGUUAACUUAUCAGCUAAAAAUUUACCGGAAUUAGGUAUUAGGGCAUCUGCUGAUCCCAUAUCAAUCAGGUUCCAAGAUAUAAUGUCAAAAGCACCAGAGGGAUCUGUUCCGAAGUGUGUUUGGUUUGAUUUACAUGGUUUGACGAAUUUCAGCAAUGUGGUAUCAGGCAAUACAUGUUUAACCGUCCAACAGGGGCAUUUUUCUAUAGUUGUAAAGUCUAUUGCCCCCAGUCCAUCACCAGUUUCUCCCAUACCGCCACCUGGUGGAGGGGGAGCUCCAAAGGGUGAAGGAAAAAAGAGUAAUUCAAAAGUCUGGAUAAUUGUUGGGUCUGUUCUAGGUGGAUUAGCGCUGUUGGGGCUGUUGGCAUUUCUGAUAAUAUGGGUGCGGAAGUACAAGCAUAGGAAGAAAAUGCAACAGAUGGAAAAGGCCGCAGAUUUGGGUGAAGCCCUGCAGAUGACACCAGUUGGGGAGACAAAAGCACCAGCGGCAACGGUGACUCGAACUCAACCAACCCUCGAAAAUGAAUAUGUUCCCUAAGUCUCACCACUCAGUACAUGCUUCCCCUGCCAUUCCCACAAGCAUUCUUAUUCAAGUUCAUUCAUGUAUUCAGAAAAAAUUCUUCUAAUCACACCGUUUUUUGGUGGUGUUUUUCCUUUGUCUCUCCUUGUUUGGUCUCAGUAGGCUCUUGGUUGUAGUGUGUGGGUAAUAUAGGAUUUUUGUGUAAAUCUUUUAUCACUCACAGAUCGUUCCAUAGUUUUUAUGAUUCAUUGUGUGUGCAUGUCUAGCCAAAGUGAUUCUAUAUGUUAUGAAUUUAGUUGUCCCAUUGACAAACAAUAAAACAUUUUGUGCUCCUUUCUUUUUCC